AAAGUGUAUCGAGUAAACGUCACAACACAUUUAUUUUUCAAAACACCAAAAAUGGCUGCGCCCAGUUAUGACAAAUUUCUCCGGCAAAAACAUAUAAAAUUCUUCCAGAGAUGUCUACAGGUUUUGCCUGGGCGAUAUUCUUCUUUAGAUACUAGCAGGAUGACAAUAGCAUUUUUUGCAAUAUCUGGACUAGAUAUGCUCAAUGCAUUAGAUGUACUUGAGAAGGAGAAGAAUGAUAUUAUAGACUGGAUAUAUUCAUUACAAGUCCUACCUAAUAAUGAUGAAUCCAACAUUAAUCACUGUGGUUUUAGAGGCUGUUCAAGUAUGGGAAAUCCCUAUGAUUCUAAAAAGAAUAAAGAGAAAGGAAUUCCAUAUGAUGGUGCUCAUAUAGCUAUGACAUAUACAGCUCUAGCCUCAUUAUUGAUACUUGGUGAUGAUUUAUCAAAGGUCAACAGAGAGGUCAUACUGCUGGCACUGCGGAAUUUACAGCAAAAAGAUGGAAGUUUUCGUCCAGUGUGUGAACCUUCAGAAGAUGACAUGCGUUUUGUUUACUGCGCCUCAUGUAUAUGUUAUAUGUUAAAUGACUGGAGUGGUAUGGAUGUUGAUAGAGCUGCUCAGUAUAUCAAAAACAGUGUGUCAUACGAGGGAGGUAUAGGGCAAGGACCUUAUCUCGAGGCACAUGGUGGAUCAACAUUCUGUGGAGUGGCAUCUCUUGUACUUAUGAAUAAAUUAAAUACUGUAUUAAGUGAGAAACAUGUGAAACAUUUAAAGAGUUGGUGUAUAUUCCGACAACAAUCAGGAUUUCAGGGUCGUCCAAACAAACCAGUUGAUACGUGUUACUCUUUCUGGGUUGGUGCUACCUUAAAGUUACUGGACAGUUAUAAGUUUGUUAAUUGUCAAUUUAAUCGUGCAUUUCUAAUGGAUACCCAGCAAGAACUUACAGGGGGUUUCUCAAAGUGGCCAAGUCAUAAUCCUGAUGCUCUUCAUGCAUAUUUUGGUGUAUGUGGUCUAUCAUUGAUGGGUGAAGAGGGUCUACAGCCGAUGCAUGCUGCAUUAAACAUCAGUAAACGAGCUGCCGACUUUCUGACUACAGUACAAGUCACAUGGUCUCAACAAUCAUGAUACUCAUCUAAUCUCUCUAGUCUACCUUACAAUAUAUUCCUACACUAAGUGUGAAUAGUUGGUUCCAUGCAUUUAUCAUUUAAUGUUUUAAACAUGAUAUUUUAUUCAAGGAUAUUCCUACAUUAUUUAUAACAUAUUUGUUUUUCUGCAAUUGGAU